UUGCGCUUAUGAGCUUUCACAAUCAAAAGCACUGUGAUAAAUCUUUUACUGCAUGAAUUACUAACUUACAAAGCUAUGCUUUACUGCGGCUAAACAAUUAAGCUUUUCGCUUGAGCAGCUGAAAAUUAGUGAAUUAAAUAUAUGAGGCAGCUAACUACGAUGCAAAGAUCUAUCGAUUAGCAGGAGGAAUGCCAAAAUCUGAUCCCAGUCAAGAGGUGGAGGCCAGUCGAGCCAGAGCACCAGGUGUACAUCACCGUCCUUUGAGCAGGGUGGCACAAAAAACGAGGAGAAGACCUGAACACUGUGGUCCUGGUGACAUCUACGUCAGUGCAGGAAGAAAGCAAUAUGAUGUGGCGUCAUCUACCGCUGACUGCCCAGAAAAAACAAGGGAAGUAUGACUUGAUAAGAGACACUCCCAGAAUGACUGUGCAACUCAUCCUGAAAGUAACUGUUUUCCUGGUGUUGCUGCUGAGGGACAAUGUGUGGAGAGAGACCGAGAGAGAGACUGAUGACAACAAUGAGGGUGAAGGUCAAACUGGUGCCAGUACAGCUGUGAGAAGAAGAAGUGGGAGACAUUGUCAUCGCGGGUGAGUACGAUGCAACCCAAAACACAAUCCACACCACUCCAGACAGAGCUAGAACCCAUGCCAACAUUCACAGAUUAUUACAGAUUUACAAUUAGGUUAAAGAAAAUAGAUAAUAAAAUUAAAAAGAACUUUUUUUAUAUAGAUAAUCAGAAACAAGAGAGCCCUACACACUGAGUAGAUCUGAUAUAUUGAAGGAAAAGUUCCAGAUGAAUUUAUCACAUAGGAAGUAAAAUGAAUGUUGAAAAGUCGUGUGUGGUAUUAAAAUAAAGGUGGUAAAUGGGGAAGAGAUUUGUGCCAGAUUUUUACAAAUAAGAGAAGAACUGUUUUUUAAACCUAAAUUUAAGCAAUUAUGUGACAGAAAUUAUUGUUUGAUUUGAUUUGUUAAUUAUUCAGCGAAGAUGUUUAGAUUAAAGGAUAUUUACAUGUAACAAGUCCACUAAUAUGUCAAUACAGACAAACAUUAAAUUGGGUACCAUAAAAUACCAAAUAACAGCCGGGUUCCAAUUAGCCGCUGGGUCCCAAUUAACCGCAGGGUGCAGCAAUGCAUUUUGACAAAUAACCGCCUGUUCCAAAUAAACGCCUUGCCUAAUUUACCGGUAGAGGGCGUAAGUCACAUGUCACAUUGCCACUGAUCAAUCGCCAUGGCUCCAGUGCAGCGGAAAAAUAAAAAAUUCGAUUUGAAAUUCAAACUGUCUGUCGUCAAAUAUGCGGAAGAAAACUCCGGAGAAGCAGCAGCGAGACAGAGUGGCUAAAAAAUAAAACUGAACUUAAGCGUCUUUCCGAGGAGGAUAGCAAAAGGGCUAGGCUGCGCGGUGGAGGGAGAAAGAAGGCUAGCGAGGAGCUGGAGUUAAAAAAGAGGGAAUGGGUCAUCGGUAAGCGUUUGCGCCACGAGAGAGUGAGCCGAAAAAUGAUCAGGGCGAAGGCUAAAGAAAUGUUCGCCACCGUGAGUGACAGCAGUGAUGAGAGGUUUUCUGCUAGUGCUGGGUGGCUAAACCCUUUCCUUCGCCGCAACAACUUUACUUGCAGAAGACGUAUAACUAUUGCCCAGAAAGAUACCAAGGAAUUCACCGAGAAGCUGGUGAAGUUUGUAAAUUUUUCAUCGCGGAUGAUUGAAAGGAUGAAGAUACUGGAAAGAGACAUCAUAGCGAUGGAUGAAACUGCGGUAUGGUUUGAUAUGGUCGGGUCAACUACUGUGGAGACGCGAGGGACGCGCAGUGUUCCAGUGAAAACUACAGGCCACGAGAAGAGCCACUUGACCGUUGUGCUGGCGGCGAAAGCGGACAGGACGAAGCUAAAGCCUUAUGUGGUUUUUAAAGGAGGUAUCAGGGAAGUCAAGGCAAUGCAAAACAUCAGUGGAGUGGUGAUAGCUUCCUCUAAAAACGGCUGGAUGAAUGACGACCUGACUGCAGACUGGCUGCAAAAAAGUAGUGGGGAAAUUCAACUUUGGCCCUCGUCUCCUUGUGUGGGAUUCCUACCGAUGCCACAUCAGCCAGGCCACCAAAAGGGAGCUCAAGAAGGGCUACAAGAUAACUACAGCUGUGAUACCGGGAGGAUGCACAAAAUAUAUCUAGGCACCUGAUGUUGUAUGGAAUCAGCCAUUCAAAGCCAGUCUGCGUGAAUCAUUUGACAGCUGGAUGGCCAGCGAUGCGGAUAAGACCUACACUGCUGGAGGAAACCUGAGAGCCCCAGCUCGUCGCUUACUGGUCGCCUGGGUGCUUAAGGCUUGGGAGGAGUUGGAUACAGAGAUGGUGAAAAAUUCCUUCAAGGUAUGUGUGUGUGUCUGAUUGAUUGAGAUCUUAUUAUUAGUCUGUGGAGGCGUAAUAUAUUAAUUUGUGGAAUAUUGUGCUGAAAGGUGUGUGGCCUGACAGUGGCAGCUGAUGGCGAUGAGGACCACCUGAUUCAAAGACGGAGAGCCAUGUGCAGCAGGGAGAAAGAUGCUGGCUCAGGCCAGACAGGGAGAGGAAGAGGAAGAAAAAGAGGCCGAGCAGCAGGAGGAAGAUGAGGAGGAAGAGUUCAACAAUGAACUGGUAGUUGAGGAUGAUGAUGAGGAGGAAGAGGAGGGGGAGGAAAGUGAUGAGGGUGAUGAGGAGGAUUAAGAGGAUGGACAUGGACUUGGUCUGACAGCAGGCUGUUCUGCCAGUGGCCUUGUUAAUUUACCCCACUCAGGUUGCUGUCAUUGUUUUAUUUUAUUUGACGUGUUACACAUGUUGUGUUUAUUUGACAUGUUGCUGACAUAUAUAUCCAGGAUAUGGCCAUUAUUGUUCAGAGUUUGUCCUUGCAUUAUCAGCCUUGUGUACCAGCAGGCUAUAUGUUGUGUGUUCUUUUAGUUCCUUACUGGCAUUUAUGGGUGAUUCAUUCAGCAAUCCUUUGAUGGCUUGAGGUUUAAUUUAAUUGGAAAAAGUAUAACAACAGUACAGUAAUCCUACCUGAAAAUAUAAAGGUAUUCACACUGAUGUAAAUUUAAUUUACCAUAUUUUCCUAUUUUUGCUAAGCAAGAUUUUUGUGAGAAAGGAUUUAAACGCCUGUCCCAUAUGAACGCCUAGUCCCAAAUAAACGCCUGGUCUGUUCGUUGAUUGAAACAAAUAAACGCCCCGGCUAUUAUUUGGUAUUUUACGGUAUUUGAAGAGAAAAGAUGUGUCUUAAAGGUUUGGAAAGUACUGUUGCAGAUACAUUUCUAACAAAACAAGCCACUGGGGGAGGUUUUUCUAAAGCUAUGAAGGGUAUAGAAAAGCUAAAAGUGGAGAUGUGGGAGAAUGCUGGUAAGGGGGGCCUGUUAAUGGACUGGGUGGUCCAAAUUUUAAUAAUAAUAAUAAUAAUACAUUUUAUUUGUAUUUGCGCUUUUCAAAAACACAAAGACGCUGUACAGAGUUAACAAUAUCAGUAAAACACACAUCAAUAAGCAAUAAAAUUUACGACAAUAUCAAUAAAAACAUGUAGAAUCAGGUAAAAUCCAAAUAACAAUAAAACACACAUCAAUUAGCAAUAAAAUUUACGACAAUAUCAAUAAAAACAUGCAGAAUCAGGUAAAAUCCAAUGGGGGGGGGGGCUAAGGAGGAUGAAAGGCAGUGCGGAAGAGGUGGGUUUUGAGAAGGGUCUUGAAUCUGGUGAGGUCAGUGCAGUUUCUGAGUUCGAGUGGGAGUGAGUUCCAGAGGGUGGGGGUGGCGACUGAGAAGGCUCUGUCCCCCCAGGUUC